AUGUUUAACACACUAACCGCUCGACCUCUUGCGGUUGCCACUCCACCGCAACCCGCAACCCACAAUAUCCCCUCCAUCCGCCUCAUCUCCGCCACCCCGUCUGCGACUGGGACAUCUUCAGAGGCGAAUACCUCUCUCAACCGCACCAUCGACAGCUCAUGGGCAUCUAUCCCUUCUCCAUUGGCGCCAAAAGCUGAGGUUCCCUCACGGAAGCGCCUUGUUCCCAAAAAAUCGAAACUCAGUCUACUCGGUGUUGGGCGCGAGAAGGAGAGAGGAAAGGAUCUUUCUGACGUCGUCCGACGCGUUGGAGCUACCUCAUCAAGCAAAGGUGGCUUCGAGAUCUACGUGGACCCCACCGUGGAUCCAGACAUCGGCGAGAUCGUCAUGGUGAAGAAGAAGAAGUCCCGUGUUGCCCUUGAUGGCAUGAAGUGGGGCCCGUUGGGUGAGGUAACAAAUGUCCCUUCCGUCACUCCCAGGGAAGCCCCGGCUUUGCUCAAAGUCAAGAACGAGGAGAAAGAGAAGUGGUGGAGUAUCGGGAGAGGGCGUAAAGACUCUAAAGAGAAGACGAAGGAAGCGAAAGAAAACAAGGGUCGCGCCAUCUGUAGGAUUCUUCUUUUUGUCUAUGCCCGCCCAUCAGCUAACGAUUUUCCAGCUCCUGCUCCAUAUGUGCCUGUUCGUUCCAAGACCCCAGAGCCACUCAAACUCGGCUCAGAAGCACGCGCUCGAUUCAACUCUUUGGACUCUGGGAUCCUUCUGAACAGCCCUCCAAUCAUAGGACCAUCACAGGAAAGCGUCCGAUCAGGACAAACCUUGCAAUUCUCAGAACCAAAAUCCAGCAAGGUAUCUGAUCCGCCGGGUACUCGUUCCCGCUCUUCCACGCCCACGAUUGGCGGCUUACUUGCACCGCCUUCAAAUGGCUUGCUCGCGCCACCAUCGAACGCCAACCAGGGGUCCAUAGCCCUUCGAGCUAUUCGCUCAGUACGUUCUUUAGCGCGUAUUGGGAGCUGGAACGACAAGGAGGCUGUACCCGUCAAGAAGGAGAAGAAGGACAAAGCGAGCAAGGAGGGGACGAUCAAGGAGGGUAAGAAGAAGAAGAAGGAGAAGAAGACGGAGGAGGAGGAUGUGGAGGGUGGAGAGAAGAAGAAGAAAAAGAAGGAGAAGAAAGAUAAGACGGAUACCGUUCGCCUAUCGACCAGCAGCUUUGAGGCUGGUGCACUCACGGCUAGUCCUGAGGUGAACAAGACCCUUGGGAGGAAAAAGCACUCGAUUCUGGGUCUUGGACUCCCAUCCACGAUGCGCCUGCAGACGGUUCGCAAUGGUUCGACGGCCUCUUCGAUACCUCCGGCGACUAUCAGUGGCAAUCGACUUUCUGUGGAAUCGACUGUCCCCGUCAUCGGCCGAGACCGUGCUGGGUCGACAAUCUCCACAGGGUCUUCUUUGAGGCCGGUAUCUGUCGCCUCUAGUCUUUCCAGGGCGUCGUCUGGCAGUUCAUGCGCCUCUGUGAAGUGGGAUGAAGAAGGCCUUGAGACCGUCAGGGAGCAGAGGAAGCGGGAGCGCGCGAGCAAGAACCGGACGUCCACGGAUGAUGAGGAUAUGAAGAGUAGAACCAAGACCGAGAGCCGACAUUCACUGGAGGGGAGAAAGAGGACGCCUCUUUCUGAGGUUUUCCCUGAGAUACAACGGAGCGAUUCACCUGCUAUGUCCGUGCGUCGAGCGUUCCCCAUCUUGACGAUUGAGGAGGCUACAGCGGACGGACAUGGCGCGCCUGGUGACGAGGAGCUGUUGGAAGAAGAACGAGAAACUGCGGCUGCGGCUACUCCUGUCAAGAAGGCUCGUGUUAGACCAAUGUCCGAACAAUUACUUGGUAGGAGCCGACCGAAGCCAAUUCAUGAAGACGAGGAUGGUGUUCUCUCUAUCCUUGACGCUGCCACUAACGAGUUGGCUCUGCUCAUCAACAACCUCGAUUUGGAAGCCACUCCUUGUACGCCUGACUUGACUCCUUUGCGCCCUAGCCCUGGCCUUUCGGAGAAGAGAGAUUCUACGGAUUACACUGGCAGUCCCAAGAGGAAGAAACUGGUCUCAGAGAGCCCUUUGAAGAAUGGGCUGAGGGGCAGUCUGGCUUCUAUCAGUUCUUUGCGGCCCUAUGCUCAGUCUCGUGGCAAGGCAACAAGGACGUCGACAACACCAAUCCAUCCGGAUCUUAUUGGCCAACAGAUCGCACCUUGGCCUACCUUGAUUCAGUCAUUGUCGCCACUGAAGGAGUCACCACCGAGCACCAAGAAGACGAAAGCAACGCCGCCAUCUACUUUCCGGAAGACACACAAACGUACUAUGACACCUGGUCCGGAGCCUGAGCCUGAUCCGAUCUUUCACCCUCUUGCUCCUCCUAAGGCUCGUGUCACUUCCUCAGCUAGCAGAAUCUCUACCUCUCCAUCACCGAAGGAACAACCUAACGCGUAUGGGACAAUACGAGCCCCAUCUUCGUUGACGUUUGGAUCGAGGUCUACCUCCUCAAGGCCCGAAUCCAAGGGAUCCAUAGAUGAGAUGGGCCUAUUGGUUCCCGGACCUGUCUUCACGCGCUCAACCAGCUCAACCUCCUCCUCUCGCAAACGCUCAUCGCUCACUCCGUUGUCGGAUUCACGUAGCACCAAAGGAAGCAGAGGGAGUCAAGGCUCUGUUCGUAGCUCACGGGGUAUUCCCAUUCCUCCUGAGGCUCGUAAGGUGCUGGGGAUGGGUGGGACGAUGGGUGGAUCGGAAGCUUCUGGAUAUGCUGUUCCCGAGCUCGACGCGUCCGAUCCUGAUUCGGAUGUUCCUGAUGAACUGCGUAUCAUCCUCGCUGGCGGGCCACAUUCAGACAGGGACUCUGUUGGGGAUACUUUCUCUUUCCCUGACCAGGAGGAGGUUCUUCACCGAGCAUUUACGGCCUCGCCUGAUUCUCAGUCAGAAGAGCUUCCUGUUGCACGUUCUGCAGCAUCGCCGUUCAUUGACAUGCCCGUUUUCCGCGCGUCGCUUAUGGAUGAGGAUGAAAACCUGGCUGAUCUGGAUGAAGGCGGCAACACGUCCGAGGAGGACAAUACCAAGAAGUCGUUCGAUUUCACUGGGGAGCUGAAGAAGCUGAACGAAUCAGGCGGGUCUGAUCGUCGAAGUUUUGUAGAGCAACUUGAGAACGCUUUCAAGACGCCUGCCAAGGUCGAUCUUCGUUAUGACUUUGGAGCCCAUCUCAAGGAUGGGAUGCUACAUGUCGAGGUGCCCCCAGUACCCAAGAUACCAGUGGAACUGAACACUGCUCUCUUCGCGGAAGACAGUUCUUAUGGCAGCUCAGGAUUCGACAGUCUUCAGGGUUCACGGUCUCGCAUCGUCGACAUGAAGGAGCCUACAAUGCUUCAAAGUACUCGCACAGAACAGAUUUUCGAGACUGGAUCGGGUUCGCAGUUCGACGUUUUCCCUACCUCUCGGAUUGUCGAUGUCGUGGAGCCUAGUAUGCUGCUCGGCCCUAAUAGCUUUUCAAGCCAUGAGGUUAUCAUUGCGCCAGAGUCUCCCCCCAGCUUGAACAAUUCCUUGGCUUUAUCCACGUACUCUGCGGUAUCCUCCAGGUCUGACGGCGAACUCGAUACUUCAUUCAGAUUUGGAGGACGUCGGAACUCGGAGUCGCGCGAUGUUGAGCCAGAGAAACCCAUGACCCUUUCGGACAUCAUCCCAUCCCCUUCGCAUGCACGAUCCCUGUCCAACUCGUCCUUGAUGGAUGAAGGUGAUUCUGUGUUCAAGUCCAUUCUGGCUAAAGCUGCCAAUCUGCCUCAGAGACCUCGCGUUGAAGCUGAAGAAAAGCAGGAUCGUAGAGAUUCUUAUAUACCUCUUACUCGGCCCUCAUCUGGCGUCAGCUUUGGUGGUUUGGACUCGUUCGAAGAAGUUCGUCGUGGAUUUGAGUUCAAUGACAACCGUCCAGCGUUUUAUCCUCCUCCUGCUACCCGACGGGCUCACCGGGUUCAGGAUUCCGUCUUCAGCAUCGCGUCUGUGUCUUCUUACGGAAGGGUUCUCAAUGCAGGUUCCAGCGAUCCUUUUGACUAUGGACUACCAAGUCUUCAGGAACGACCUUCAUGCGAAGACAUGUCCAUCUCGAUGUCAAUCACUGUCGACGACACGUUCUCUUUCCUGAAUCACCAACCCCGCAGACGCAUUGAUAGUGACGCCUCUAGCUUCUACUUCCAGGCCCCACAGCCAUUUGCACGCGGCCACCGUCGUCAUGAAUCGAAUUUGUCCAUAUCAUCGCAAGGUCCGCCUAUCAGCCGUUAUAAUCGCAGCCAUCACCGCCGCAACGAUUCCAACACCAGUGCAAGCUCCGUUGCCAUCUCAUACGCCAUGCAUGGGGCGACUGGUGGUCGUGCGACAUGGGCUAGACAUCGUCAAGAAUCAUCCGUCGAUUCCGUCAUGAGCGAUUUCUCCGCCAUGCACCUUGGCCGUCCUGGGCUUGGUGACAAGAUGUUCGAGAGGGACAAUCAAAUGCCUCUUUCCGCGAUCGCAGCAUCUCCUUGUGAGAGUGUAUUUGCCAAGGCUCAACGCAACGCAAAUAGGUCGUCUUUCGAUUAUGACUCGAUCAUUGACCACAGGGAGGGGGGUUCAAACGAAGAUUCCCUCUUUGACAGGUCCGAGUACAGGUCGUCGAUGUCAUCCGACCUCUUUGGCAACGACUUUUCUCAACCCAAUUCAAAUGGUUUGCUUCCUGCUGGCCAAUUCCGACCGCUCUCCAUCAUCAGCAUGCACAGUGCUCACGCUCCGAUGGAGGAGGAUGACACUAUGAUUAGCAUGCUUGGUGGCGGUCACGUCCGUCGCUGCUCCAUUGGGUCUAUCAUGGAAGCGUCUCCAUGUGUUCGCGUCGAAAAGCGCAAGCAUGCCCUGUUCAACGACACGAAGGGCUACGACAGUCAUUAUGAUUCUUCGAACAAGGCACGAAUUGUAGAGAAACCCUCGAUUGCAUCGACAUCUUCAUAUCAGUUUGGCGGAGAGCGAAUGAUCAAAGCGCAACACGGCCUUUUGGAGCGUCAGAGUCUUGAGGAUAGCUGUCUCAUUGCUGAUGGCGAGGAUCUUAGUAACUCCUUCCACGCGGUUCCGGUUUUCACUCGUCCUGGUCCUGCAGCUCGGUCAAGAUCAAGCACAUGCACUUCAAGCUCCGGUGGUGACACUCCUCCACUCUCAGCUUCAGAUGGCUCCUCCAUCUCGGAGGGUUCCCAGUCCAGCAUUGACCUCUCGCAGUUGAACAUGAUGCUCUCGAAUGCCACUCAUCCCAUGUCUACCGUUUCUCGGGCUAGGGCUCGUGCCCGUGCUCGUGGUCAUGGUCACCGUCGCAGGUACUCGCAGGCUCAUGCCUCGCGUUCAUCGGUGUAUGAAACAAUCGAGGAGGAGAUGUCAAAUGCCUCAUCACCGGCUCGGACAAUUGGCUCCAAAAAGAGCAGCCCCACCCAAUGCCAGCCUAUAUUCGUCGUUGAUUCGGACACUGCCUCUAUCAACUCGGUUACAGAGGAGACCAUCUGGGAUGAUGAACGCGGCAUCGUGGCCCUACGCAAGUACUACGCUCUGAAAGAUGAGGCGCAUGUCACCGUUGUGGAAACGUUCCAACCGCCCAAGGAGCCAUUGGGUAUGCAAGCCCUACUAGAGUACUCUGUACAGAAUUAUGGCCCUCUCCCUUCGGAGCUUCGACCUCGCCGCGUGCGGUCACGCACCCAGUCCCGUCCAUCACCGUAUCCUCAAGCACGCUUGCCCAAGGUCACUGUAUCGCCCGAACAAACCAGGUCCUCAAAGUCCUCCAAUGCCCAUGCUACCCCGGUUUUGAAGCCCCUCCCUGUGAAUGCCAACACCCUCUCAGUGGCACCUUCAUUGGAGGCACUCAAGCCAUUCUCGCCGCUCGUCAUCAACAUUGAGCCCAAACGCGAGAAUGCCUUUGGGCUUGCCGCCAGACCUCGCGUCGCGUCAUCUACACGAAGGUCAGCACUGGGAUGGUCGAAACGAAGCAAUGGAAAGGCCUCCACUGACCAGAAAGAGAAUCAAGGCGCGGUGAUGACGCCUGGCGAAUCAUUGAGACUCAACCGACCUCGUCCACGUGGACGAGCAACUCCCGCCACGCAAGGCCGUCCUAUCCGAGUCUGAACAUCUUCCCCCUCAUCAAAAACACAUCUGUAACGUCCCCACGAACCCUCAAUGAUAUCUUUACGCACACAUUUUGAUAUUUUACCCUCUUCUUACGAUCCAAUGAUCCUUUUACGACUCACCUUUCUUACUAACGUCUCACCCCCCAUCCCCUUUAUUCUUGGAAUUGAUUGUCGCUAUCUGUUAUCUUGCUGUCUAUCCUGAACAUAUCUCUUCGCACCCCUUUAGCUUUGGCACUUUUCAAUAAGAACCCAAAUCAAAUGUAGCGUAACAUUCGUAGACCGAAUACCAUUGCGCAUUAUGUUCCUA